UUACUUCACAGUCGCCGUUGCUGUUGUCUAUCGUCCCCUCCUCUUCGCGACCUUUUGCUCUCUUGUUUCUUUGGCCAAGGUCUGACACUUCGUCUUUCCUCUCUCCAAUUCUCAAGGAAAAAAAUGGCGUCCCAAGCGACUUUCAAGUCUAUCAAGUCUGUCAUUCCGCUCCUUGAUCGUAUCCUAGUGCAGAGGUUCAAGCCUGACACUAAAACCGCGACUGGCAUCUUCCUUCCGUCGAGUGCAACAAACAGUCCUUUACCAGAGGCGACGGUAAUUGCCGUUGGUCCGGGCGCACCAAAUAAGGAGGGGAAAGUCGUACCGACUAGCGUCCAGGCGGGUGACCGUGUCCUCCUUCCGGGUUGGGGAGGAAACUCGUUCAAAGUUGGUGAGGAGGAAUAUCACCUGUUCCGCGACUCGGAAAUCCUUGCGAAGAUUAAGGAAUGAGACAGUCAACUAACACGUCUGGUGACGGCAGAGGUGAAGCAUGGUGAUUUGAAGGCGUAGAGUGUGAUUGUAGACAAGGGUACUGCUAUAUGGUGACUGAUGGUGAACCUGCGUUUAUGUGGUGGAAAAACAGAGGGCUACUCUCCGCGUUCGUCUAUCCCUCGUUCCUCUUUCCUUUGGUAUUGGUGUUUUAUGGCAUAUCUCAACUUCUUAAUCGUAUCUACAUCACCGCAUUCACACAGUUUUAGGUUAUGCUUUUAACUGCACCGCAUUAGAUAUAUGAAUUGAAUGAAUCCCAACUCUUCAAUUUGGC